AGUGGGUCUAUAAUUGAGGAGGUUGCCAAUAAGAAUCCAACCGAUCUUAUAAAGUUUGAUUUUGUUCGAAUUGAUAAUAUAACACAAUAUGAAAAGGAUAGUACUAUCGAUGUUAUAGGCAUGGUUAUUAACGUUGAUGAUAUACAACCAGUAAUAACCAGAACAACACAAAAGAGCAUUAACAAGCGUGAUCUUACCAUUGUCGAUCAAAGUGAAUGUCAAAUCACAUUGACAUUGUGGGGUCAAAAUACAGAGAGAUAUGGACCUUCUUUAUUGAAUACUGUUAUUGCCUGCAAGAACGUGCGCGUCGGAGAUUACCAAGGAAGAACGCUCUCCGCGUUCAAUGGCACCACAUUACUCACCGACGUAGAUAUUAAAGAAGCCAAAGAAUUACGUGAAUGGUUUUCCUCAAAAGAAGAGGGUAAAACUUUCACCUCUUUAUCUUCAUCAGGUUCUGUAACAAUUGAUAGAAACGAGCCUAAAAAAACGUUGGCACAAGUUAAGAGUGAAAAGCUUGGUAAUGGUGAGCGAGCUGAUUAUUUUUCGACAAAAGCUACUAUUUUGUUUAUCAAAAGAGAAGGCGUUUCCUAUCCUGCUUGUCCUACAUGCAAGAAAAAAGUUCUUGAGGAUGGAGAUGAGUGGCGAUGUGAAAAAUGUUCACGAAACUAUCCAGAACCUGAUCAUAGGCACGUAUUAAAUGUGGCUGACUUUUCAGAUCAUGCCUGGUUUCAAUGCUUUAAUGAAGGUGGUGUCGUUAUCCUGGGACGCGAGGCCAAGGAUCUUAUUCAACUAUGCAAUGAAAACUUAGAUCUUUACGAAGAAUGUUUCGACAAAGCAUGCUUGAAAUCAUUUGUAUUUCGAUGUCGUGCUAAGACUGAAAUUUAUAAUGAGCAAAAUCGAAUUCGGUACACUGUAGCGGGAAUAGCACCAAUUGACUAUGUCGCACGGACUCGAGAUUU